AUGGCGAUGAGGAAGCUUUUGUCGAAGCGUCUCUUCAACAUCUCGAAUGUAGCGUCUCAGAAUCUCAUGAAUUGUCGCAUUUCUUCGUCUCCGUUGGCCGUACGAACCAGAGUUCCCAAAGAAUCGGGAGAGACGAAAAUUGCUCCGGAGCCUGGAGAUUCCGGAAUUUCGCGGAGGUUUCUGCACAAUACCCCCAUGAUUCGGCCGGAGAUUAUGCAGAUGCCGGUGGGAGAGAGCUUGAUGGAGAAGCUCCGUGAAUUGGAUGGAAGCAAAGACCGGAUUCGACUAGACGGCCUUGCUCCGCCGUCUAUGGCGAUUCCUGAGGUGGAGACGGAGACGGAGACGUCGGGUCUCACGGUGGAGGAUACGAAGAAGCUGCUUAGAGCGGCGCAGAUCGAAAUCGUGAAAACGAAGCUUAGAGAGACCGGAAAAAGCUGGAUGCCGUACGCGGAGUUCGUCGGCGUUUGCGGUGAAGCUUCUUCAGAUCCAGAUCACGGAUCUCGAAUUGCGAAGAUGUUGGACGAUUCAGCAAACGUCAUCGUUCUGGGAGAUUCCGUUUGUCUCAGGCCAGAUCAGGUUACAAAAUCAAUAGAAGGAUUGCUUCCUUUGCCAAAGAUUCAUAACCCAAAUGACCCACGAAGGAUCGAGCUGAAAGAGCUCGAAGCAGUAAAGGCAGUGAUUGAUGUGAAAGCGCACUCUUUGGUUCGGAGAGAGCUCUGGGCUGGUCUUGGUUACUUGAUCCUACAGACCGCUGGGUUCAUGAGGCUAACGUUUUGGGAACUCUCGUGGGACGUGAUGGAGCCAAUCUGCUUCUAUGUCACGUCCAUAUACUUUAUGGCUGGGUAUGCUUUCUUCCUCAGGACAUCGAAAGAGCCUUCCUUUGAAGGGUUUUACCAGAGUAGGUUCGAGGCUAAACAGAGGAAGCUUAUGAAACUUAAUGAGUUUGAUGUUGGGAGGUAUGAUGAACUGAAGAAGCUGUUUUGCACUAAGCCUUCAGAUCGUGUUUCCAAGACUCUUGGAGCUAUGGAGAGUUAGAUUUUGGUUUAGACGAAAAUUGGUUUAGAUUCAAUGUUGUUGUCUCAAAUGGUGUCUGAUUUUUCCUAACUAGAGAAUUCUACCCAAAAAAAAGAAGAAAAAAAAGUAUAGGUAGAUUAAGUUUUCAGUUUUCCAUUAAAACAAAAACAAAAAGUUGUUCGAAUUGUUGCGGCUUUUGUAAUAUCAGGGAAGAGUAUGUUGUUGUUUUUAAGGUUUUCAUUACUUUUUUAAGUGUAACAUUAUGUAUAUAACUAUUUCAAAUGUAAUAGAAACGCUAUUAUUUAUCAAUAAAAUUUCACAUUUUCGAUAAA